GUGCUCUCACCAAGCAUUGCUUGUUGUGUGGCUGGAUCAAAGGGACCCUGCGUGCCAAGGGGACCCUGCAAGCUGUCACUCUGUGAGAGGAGCAAGGCCCUCCUAAUCAGGGAGUUUCUAUAAUUCCUCACAGACUAGGCAGGCAAAUCCCAGAUUAACCUGGCAGGGUGGGAAGAGGAUUAGAAAGGCAGUUCCAGAGUGUGACAGAGGGCACCAGGAGCUUCAGGGAAGGUGUGCCACGACAGGACCCCCUUCUUGCAACCUCAGGGGUAGGGGAAGGGGAGAAGGCUUCCAACCUCUGCCCCAGCACAGAAGGAAAAGGCCAGCAGCAGCAGCGGGACAUGAUGUGUGUGUCCAGAUAGUCAAGAAAGGGAGAUACACCAAGGAAGAGGUGGAGCUUGGGAAGGGCCAGAGCGUUCCUCUGUGCAUGUGCCUGUGCCCUCCUCCUGAGGCCUGGCAGGAACAGCCAUGGAAGAAACGUACCUGCUGAAUGUGGAAGGGGUCAAAAAGAAGAUUCUGCAUGGAGGCCGAGGGGAGCUUCCAAAGCUGCAGGAUGGGAGCAAGAUGACCUUCCACUUCCAGACACUGAAGGAUGACUUUGAGCGGACAGUGAUCGAUGACAGCCGGGAGGCUGGCAUGCCCAUGGAGAUCAUUGUGGGCAAGAUGUUCAAGAUGGAGAUCUGGGAGACCCUGCUGAGCUCCAUGAGAAUCGGGGAGGUGGCCGAGUUCUGGUGCGACGCCAUCCACACAGGCAUGUACGCCCUGGUCUCCAGGGGCAUGCGGAGGAUCGCGGAGGGCCGGGACCCCCUGGAAGGGCAGAAGCACCGCUGUGGGAUGGGCAACAUGUUUGACUACCACAGCACGGGCUAUGACGACCUGGACGAGCUGCAGCGGACGCCGCAGCCCCUCAUCUUCAUCAUGGAGUUGUUCCGGGUGGAGGAGCCAUCAGCAUACAAGCGUGACACCUGGGCCAUGAGCAAGGAGGAGAAGCUGGCAGCAGUGCCUGUGCUGCACAGCGAGGGCAACCGCCUUGUCCUCCGCAAGGAGUUUGCACAGGCUGCAGCGAAGUACCAGGAAGCUGUCAUCUGCCUGAGGAACCUGCAGGCCAAGGAGAAGCCAUGGGAGGAUAGCUGGUUGAAGCUGGAGAGCCUGGUCACGCCGCUGGUGCUCAACUACUGCCAGUGCCAGCUGGAGCUGGGCGAGUACUACGAGGUGCUGGAGCACACGACGGAGCUGAUCCAGAAACACAAUGGUACCCACUCCCUGCAUUCCAUGCCCCCUUCACUCCCCCCCUGUGGCCACAGCCCCAAGGGACUCAGUCCUCUGGAUCCCCCACCCAUGACAAUACCCAUCACAUGUCCCUCUGCCUGGGAUGGCAGCUGUGUUAUCUGGAUCCCCAUGUCCACUGCAGAACCCGUGUCCAGUGAUGUUAUCCCAUGUCAUCCAGAUCCCUCUGCCCAUCACAAGUCCCCUUGCCCAUGGUGAUCCCUACAUCC